AUGGAAGAAGUUUGUGAAAAGUAUGACAUUGAGAUACCUCAGAUGGAAGCUCAUUACAAAUCUAGUAGAAAUCGUUCUUGUCAGCAAAAUGAUUCAAUUACAGUUAAGCACCACUAUCAAUUUGAUGUAUUUGUUGCUGCAAUAAAUUUUCAAAUUGAAGAGCUCAAUAGUAGAUUCAAGGACGAGGCAGUCAAACUUCUUAAGCUCAGUGGUGCUUUGGAACCUAAAGACAACUUUAAAAUUCUUAAUGUUGAUCACAUCUAUCAACUUGCUGAGAAAUUCUAUCAUCUAGAUUUUGAUGCACAAGAUUUGCACCACUCGAGAACACAAUUGGCUCAUUAUGAGCUUGACAUGCCUGUCAAUGAAAUAUUUCAGAAUUUAUCAACUAUUUCUGAAUUAUGUUGA